CAAGCCCAGCUCUGCCAUGUUUGUACUGUGAUCGUGAAUGGGAGUCGCUGCUUCUGCAUACUAAACACCGUUUCCCCUGUUUCCCUCGCCAUAUAUCAUCAUAAUGGCGAAAUACUGAACAUCAAAUGCACCCUCUGGUUUAUUAGUCAAACACUGCACCAUGUCAGCCAACGCGCAGGAUUUUGACUUUGAUGAAUAUGAAAAGCCCGGGGCUGAGCGUUUACGCAGGAGGAGAGGUGAUGAAGACGAUCUAGAGAGUGAUUUGGAAGAGGAGUUGUUGGGGGAGGAUUGGCUGUCAGGUAAAAAGAAUCCCUCGGAAGUGUCUGACGAGGAGCUGAAUGAUGACCUUCUGCAAAGUGAUGAUGAAGAUAUAAAUAUGAGCGGUCAGGAUGUGAGCCUGAAUGCCACAUACAGCUUAGGCACAUCCUACGAGCAGCAGAACAACUUGCAGGGAGCAGACUACACAGAUGACGUUGUGAACCUGGGUGAAGAAGGGGAUGUAGGCGAGGAGGGGGGCUACCAGCAAGGGGGGGAGGAGGAAUACACAGAGGAAUACAGCCAGGAUCAAAUGGAUUACACUGGAGAGCAGGCUGAGGGUGAUGAUGAAGUGCUCGACAUCCAAAUCAAUGAGCCCUUAGACGGUGAAUUUCAAGAUGAUGAUUAUGAAACCUCCUACGACGAACCUAUGGAUGGACAUGGCGUCCAACAGGCGGCGGCCCCUGAGGCAGAGGCGGAUGUAGGGGAAGGAGAGCAGCAGGAAGAGGAGAAUGAAGAUACAGCCGAAGGCUCUCAGGUCCCCGACACAGAGGAGUUUGAAAAUGAAGCUGAGGCAGAAACAAAGGAGGAAUCGGAUGAAGAAGAUGAGGAAGAUGAAGGGCCUGGUCGCAUACGCUUCAAAUCGGAGAGAAAGGAUGGCGGUGUUGCACGUUUGGCUGAUGCAGGCAGUAAUAGGAGGAAUAUCCCGGAAACACUAGAACUGUCGGAGAAGGCCAAACGAGAUCUGAUGCAGUUUGAGGAACAAGAACGGCAGAAGAGACAAAACCGCUACGGAGGCCGAGGGAGAGGAGGAUUUGGAGGGAGAGGAGGCAGAGGAAGAGGAGGCUUCACACCUUUUGGAAUGACAGAUUUUAGAGGAGGAAACAGAGGAAGAAUGAACGACCAGCGGAUCCCUCUGAUGGGAAACAUGGGCAUGCAGCAAUCCUCCCGCAUGCCUCAUCCUCAUCAGCUUCAUCAGCAGCAACUGCACUCCCAGCAGCACCACCAAACCUCACGUCCAAGAGGACCCCAUCCCUUCCAAGACCAUGGGCGCCCGCUCAACCAGCAGCCCCUUCAGCCCCUCAUCCCCCCGCACAUGUCUCACCGCUCCCCGCCCUUACGGCCCCAGAUGGAGCCACCGCCACGAAUGAUGAGCUCUCCGCCGCCCAACUUCCCCCAGCAUCACCAGCAGCAGCAGCAGCCGCCGCCAGCUCCCAAAAACAUCCAUAUUAACCCACAUUUCAGAGGGCCCACGUCAUCCUCAGUACAAGUGCCCUUGAUGCCUCCUGCUCAGAGCCAGCCCAGACCUGCUGUGGGUCCUCAGAGAUUUCCCGGAGCGGGAGACUUCCAGCAGCACAUGUCGGGUAAUUUUGGCCAGCCCCAGCGGCCCCCUCAUCACAUGGAGCCCUUUAGGAACCAGCCACCUCAAGGCCCCCAAGACAGAGAGCCCCUCUUUAUGGGAGAGCGCACCGAGUCAACACGGUUUGCCGGGCAGCACAUGUUUGAUCACCAGGGCCCCAGCCCUCUUAUGAACAACAGCCACAACCUCCACCAUCAGCAGCAGCAGCAGCAGCAGCUGCCUGGCCAGGGCCACAUGGGCUUCGGCCCGCCUGGACCAACCUUCAACCAGCCGAACCCGGGUCCACUAGGACUAUUCCCCAGAGAACCCCAAAGACCCAACAUCCCUCCCCAUCAGAGUCACCAGGGGAUGGUGGGCUUGAAUCAACAAGGAGGCCCGCCAAACCAACCGAGACCCUUCAUGGGCCCGCGGCAGCCGUUCGGUCAGCAGGGGAACCUUUUCCCCCCGCCACAAGUCCAAUUUGGGAUGCAGGUACGACUACGAGGCUUAAUGCACGGCCCUCCCGUCUCCCAGCUUUCGCACCACGACCCCUUGUCAUCCCAUCAGCCCAUGCACCAGCACCAGCAACAUCAUCGGCAGGAGCUACCGCAUCAUCAGCAGCAGCAGCUAAAUGUCAAUGAGCCUCGCCCCAUGAUGCACCACGGCCAGAAUCCCUUCCACCAACAGCAGGCGCACGGUAGCCCCAGGCAGAUGACUCCACGCCCUCAAAACCCCCAACAGCGAAACAUGUCCAACAGGCAGAGGAUGAACACCCCCGUCUCCAAGCAAAUGCAACAGCGCAACAGCAACCUACGGGAGCUCCCUGUAGCACCUGGCAACACAAACAUGAACAGCGCCCGCCCCGCUGCCAACGUGAGGCCCGUUGCCAAGGCAACGCAGGGGGUGCGUCCCGGGCAGAACACUCAGCCGGUGCCUGGCAGUGGCAGAGGAAGAGGCCAAGUCGCUGCCAAGCCCGAAUCCCUCCCUGGAGGAGAUGGCAGGACAGUGGUUCGCAAGGAAGUCCCAAGAACGCAGGCCAGCACGGCACCACAGGACCCCGACGAAGAUGAGGAGACGAGGCAGUACCGUCUGAAGAUCGAGGAGCAGAAGCGCCUGAGAGAGGAGAUCCUGAGGAGAAAGGAGAUGCGACGGCAGAUGCAGGCUGGCGAGAGGAAGAAGGAGCUGCUGGACAGGCUCAAUUCCACUCCGAGUCAAGGCCCACCUCCUUCACAAAAUCAAACCUCACAACAAAACCAGCAAACGGCGCACCCUGCACAACAACAACAACAACAACAACAACAACAACCACCACCACAGCAACAGCAUGAACAAAGACAGCAGAACCAACUGCAACCACAGCAGCAGAGACAGUUCCCCCAGAGAACACCACAAUCAUUAAAUCAAUCAUUAAAUAACCCUAAUCAAGGCAUCCCCAUCCCUCCCAACGGUGAAGCUCAGACCCUAACGCCCCGUCCCAACGUCAAGACACGUCUGCAGAUGGUGAAGGGUUGCACCCAACUGCCACAAACCCCCGGACCCCGUCAAAGUCCUCAACAGCUGCAACAGCAAAGGAACAUGGCUCUGCAGAAUGUCAACAGACCUGGUGCUCAGAUCCAGUCCAAUCAGGCCCCCCUAAAGACCAUACCUGUGUCUCCCUCUGUGGGUCCUGGCCAGGCUCAGGCUCAAACUCCGAUUCAAGGACUAAAACCUGGAGCUAAAAGAACUGUGAUGCAGCGGACUAAGAGCUUGGAUAUCGUAGACCAGACGGUGCCACAAAAAGUCAGGCUCGUCAAACUUUCAGGAGCGUUUGCAAAGGGGACUGUUGCUGCGGAUACCCUGGCGCAGCAACCAGGGGCCUGGCCGGUAACACCGCUCAACCAGGGAGUCCAGAGGAAGGUCACCGUGACAGGACAGCAGCCACAGGGAGCAGGCGGAGCACCGCAGGCUGGCCGAGGGGGAACGGGCAACCCACAGCAGAACAGGGUCGUGGUGUCGGGCCGGGGCCGAGGUAGAGGGGUUGGUCAGUUGGGUCGAGGUCGUGCGGUGGCCACCAGACAGAGCCAGAGAGGUGCAGAGAGCGAACGCUGCACCGUGUCCAUAGAGGGCCUUUCCUCAUCCACAACGGACUUGCAACUGAAGAACCUUCUCAGGUCCAUCGGGCCCAUAGAGAUGUUCAAAAUGAUGCCCCAGCAGAGGAAAGCGGUUGCUAAAUUUUCCAGUCCUGAGCACGCAGCGAGCUUUCAAACAAGCUUCCACAGGCACAUGAUUGAUUUGUCCCACAUUGACGUGUCGCUGAUUGAUGGAUGAGGAGCAUAAAAAGAGCCAGGUGGGAGUCCCGUCACAAGAUGUCACUCUCUCCCAGCGAGGGAACCUUCCCCUGUGCAGCUCUCUGACCUGGCGUAGGAAAUCAUCCUGCAGCCCUCUGCAGGGGGCGGGGGGGUCAAACACAGUCAGCAGCAUUUCUGCACAGGAUGCAUCAUUCACUCAUCAACUUGGAAGAACAGUGCAUAGGACGACCUCGGCAGCGAGCACGCGGUUGUUUGACUUUGUCUACCAGAAUGUCCAUUGUUGGAAAAUGGCGCUGAAGAGACGCUGGGACAGUUAAUCCAACUUUGAAGCAAUUUGUUUAGAAUGUUUUGAACAUUUUACACGGACGCUCAUUAGAAAUUAAAAUGGGAUAAUGGUUGCGCCCCUCUUCAGUUACAUUCAUCACCCGAGUGAAAAAGGAACAUGUCAGCUUUGCAAAUCCAAACAUGACAAACCUCCAUAGUAGUUUAUUUUAUUUCUUCUGUGGCUCGCUGAUGUGUUUGAGUGCAGGAGACGCUUGUGGCCAGACUUCUCACACAGCAGUGUUCUUGGCCCACCUGUAGAUGGCAGUAUUGCAACACUCACGGUGAUGUAUGUUUUCCAACCGAAGCAGUCUUUCAGUGCACAGUUUCCAAGCGGUUUUUGGGUGAAUGGCACCACCUAGUGGAGGCCCUGUGUACAGGCACGGAUGAGGAUUUGAAUAUCACACACAUGGCAGUGACUGGGACCAAUUUGGCGCAGGAUAAUAAAAUGGUUUCCUUAAGAUUCCCCUUUUGGUUUAGGGAGUUGUAAAUGUUCCUCUUGUGUUUUUUUUCCGUUUCAUUGCUGCUUCAGGAUCAGAGCGUUUGGAUUAUCUCUCGUUUAGCUCAUUUGGCGCUGCUCCUCGUUCCAAAUGUUGUCAUUUCUUUUAACUGUUACCUGGGAUCCAUCUCUGGAGUGUUUUUUCCCUUUUGCCUUUUUUGGGAUGUAUAUUUUUUUUUUAGUUGUAUGUGUGAUUAUGGAAAAGUUAAACUCACGUUUCUCAUUAGUGUUUGAGUGUGCUUCGAGGGAACGAGUAAGUCAAGUUAAUUUUUUUAAAAGAUUUUUUUACAUUUAAAUGUAAACAUUAAAUUUUUGAUAUUCGUCAUUCUCGGAAAGAAUUGCUGCAUAUGCGUUUCGUACAUUUUUGCUGCAGGAUGCAUGUGGGGUUAACUCGCUCUAAACGUCUGCAUGUGGCGAGGUUGUGACAUGUACCUGGUUGAGCGCUCUGAACUGCUGUUUUUCGCUACACAAACAGCCGAUUAUGUGAGAGCAGAAUUGACUGUAACACUUCCCCCUGCAAAUGGAACUCCCAUAGCCGUACUUACUCUCAUUCUGUAACGACAUUGAUACCACUUUCUUUAACGGGAGGUCCCUUACCAUCUUAACCACAUCCCUUUAUUUAAAUGUUCUUGUCCAGGGCGUGCUCAGUCAUCACUUCUAUCUCAAGCUCUCAGUUUAACUUUGCAUGUUAGUGAAAGCGAGUGCCGCUCUGUUAGGCUCAUUUUAUUUCUUUAAACACACCCCAUGUUUUUUUUUACUCACCGCACAACAUUUCUGUCCACACAGCGUUAAAUCAAAAGGACUUCUUUUUGAAUAAUCGGACAUCAAAUCGCCGAGUUUAUCAGUCACCGGAGUUCAGAAGUGUAAAUAAAUCGCAGGAAUGUGACGCAGGUAUCGGAGGGGGCAACCAUUAUCCGUGUAGUGAUCAUGUACGCAAAGUAGUCCAGAGCUUUCCUUUGAGUUAUUCUUUACUCGAGUUGUAUAGAGUUAAACAUUUUUAUAUAUAUAUAUAUAUAUGUAAGGAUAAGCUAACGUGUCCGGACGUAGAUCAAUUUUACAAGACAGUGUUUUCUUUCUAAUUCAGAUCCCCAAAAAAAUGGAGGAAUUAUUGGACCAUAUUUCUGUUUUCUUUACAACGUUUGACAAGAAAAAACAUUUAAGGGAAAAAAACAAACAAAGAAAAUAAUAAAAAUGUGGCCAAUAUACCGUGAGCAUGCAGGUAUGUGAAGCCGGUUCAACCUUAGCCCAAAGACGUGUGGUUGUGUUUGAUGUCCUCGUGUCUGGUGCCUUCACGGUUCAUUACCUUUUACUGAUCGUGCAACUUUUUUUAAAAAUGCAUUUUUUAACUGAAACGUACUCUGUGAGGUCCUUUUACAAACAUAUCACAUACACUGACUGAGCAGCUUUAACACCUUGUGUACCUUCAGAUAAACACUACCUCAUACAGAUCGCUGGGAAUGCCACUGACCAUGGGAUUUGUAAUGACUUGUUUUCGCCGUCAGAAACAAGAACAUUUUGGUCGUGCACUUUAACUGUGACGUCAUGCUGAUGUUCAGCUCCCUGCAGCUCCGACAAGGCAGAGUCAUUGAAGAGAAAAGCACUUUGAAUUAUCAUCUUUUUAAUUGACUUAAUACGCCAUUUUAUAAAGCUAAUAUGUAGCGUUAAGAGUAAGACAUUCACCCUGUUUUUAAUCAUUUGAGACCCGCUGUGCAUCUUGAUGACGUCACAUUUUAAGUCCUGUGUUUCCAAGACUUGGGAUCACAUCCACUCAUGUUCACGGGUACAUGUUGAACCAAGGCCGCAACAGGAUGCGGUCAUUAAAUUAAGACAUUUAGUGGUUUUGCACUUCAACUCUGAACAAGUUUAAACGGCUCUCACCAGAGAUUCUCAACACGUUCUGAAAGUUUCAAAAGGUAUCGGGACAAACGAGAGUAUUUGAAACAAAAUGUCUCCUUGUUACUUUUUGUAAAUUCUUGAAUUUGAGUGGUUGCGUUUUUGUUUUUGUAAGAUGUACAGUUGUUCUAAACUGACUUAUUCAUGUGUUUGUUUCCUUUUUGUUUUGAGUUGAACUUGUGUCUUUGAGGUUUGUGUUGCAAUAACUCUUCUGACCUGACUGUAUUUUAUGUUGUGCGUUACACUUUUUUAUUUUUUUAGAGCUGUGGUUAAAUCCUGUGGAUUUGAAAGACAAAAAAAGAAAAGUAUUGGCUGUGCCGGUGGUAGUUUUAUUAUGUUAUGAGACUUCUGGUCUUGUAAUGACACAACAGAUUCAAAUUGAAUCUAUUUGUAUCUUAAUUUUAAGAACACAUAUAUUUAUAAAUUUUUACUAUUUCUUAAUGUAAUUCCCCUUGAGGAAGUGGUGCUCCAUCGCCACAUGGUUUACACAUUUCACCUCGUACUGUGUGGCUGCAGUGGGGUCUUUAAAUAUGAGAUACCUACUGGGCUUUUCUUGUGUUUUCAUAAGAGACCUUUGUCUUUAUCUUGGCUGCUAAUGUCUAGCAUGUACUAGCUUCAGAUCACCACACUAACCAUGUUGGAUGCUAAACAACUUACCUUGUAUUUAUUCGUUUAACAGGUCCCUCGUGUUGUGGAUGGUGCUGACACUUUUGCAGAGUGGCUGAAAUAAUGACUCGAUUCUCUCUUCGUUUGCAGGUCUCGGUCCACUUUGACACUGCCUGUCGUGUCGUCAAUGCUUCUGCUACAGUAGCUCCAAAAUCCAAAGUUUAAAGGGACCAUGCCAAAGGUUUAGCCUGGACGUCAACGUCUGAACACGAUGAGAGGUGUAUCUCAGACUUAUCCCAACUCAACUGGCUGCAGAUCGAUGAAGCGUCGCAUUGAGUCCCACCGUGCUAGGCUACUCUUGCAUGAUGUAGCAGCUACUUGUCUGUUUGGUUAUUAGGAAAAGAUCCAAUGCCUGACAUUUGAGUUGGGAAGUUUGUCCCGCUGGUGUAUUUAUUAAGAUCAGCUUCAGCAGAUUCUAUCGGGUCAUUUGAAACCACUUGAAGGGUCUUGCCAUAUCCCACAUUUUGUGAAAGGCUUUCUAACGUACUGGAAUAUUGAUAAAUCAUUCGCUGCAUGUUGUUUUAAUAAGUUAUCAAAUUGAGUCAACAUUGUGCUGUUGAUGAUCGUUUUUCACCCCCAGUUUUAUGUUUCUGUGUGGUCGGUUGAAUGAGUAGAAACACCCUGGGGUAGAAGAUACUAUACAAAAGGUUGAACAUGUUCCAGACCAGCAUAAGGCCCCCUUGUGGUUUUCAAAUGGCCUGCGUUUGCCUGAGUCACAAAAAGUCGUAUUUUUAAAAAAAAAAAAAAAAAAAGAGCAUUGAUUGCAGAAGAAUGCAAAACCAUUGGCAUGGUCCAACACGUGGUACUUCCUGGUUUAAUCCCAUUGGGCUGCACAUGUUUAUCGGUGGCACUGUUUGAGAUUCGUCCAAUGAAAACACACCUGAAGCGACCAACGAGUCACGACAGGUGUCAGUGCAUCCCCUUAAACACGACGACGACGUCAUGUAUUAAUGUGUUAAUUUCUCUGCAGCGUGCUGAUGGAGCAGAGCAGACGAUGAUUCUACCACACUUUUUUUUUCUCUCUUACCUCGCUCACCUAACACUUCAGGUUCUUUUGCAGCCGUGCAGAGUCCAGGCUCGGAUGAAGACUUUACUUAAGCUUACUUCCCUCAUGGGGGAGGAGGGGGGGCGGUCCACCACGUUUCCCUCCAUUACUGCUUUUCCUGCCACCGCUGUUCUUCCGACUUGCAUACAUGUGUGACCGUUUCUCUUCUUGAACUUAAGACUUCUGUGUCAAGCAGGGGGGGCCUACCUGGAUUGUUUGUUAGCCCACUGGAUGGAGGUUUCCAUCUCUGUGACAGCAGCCGGGUUCACAGAGCAGACGCCACUUUAUGGCUUUCACUGCACCAAAAGGCGUCCUGCCCCUUGACUAUGAGUUUGGUUGGAUUUUGAAAAAAAGAAAGAAAACCCCGACAGUGGUUUUCCUGAUCUCGAACAUUACAGUACACACAGAAAAAUGACUGAAGUCCAGCCGUGAGUUUUAUUAAAACUUGACACCUCCGUCCUGUCGUGUGUUUGCAUUUCGAUGUUUACCACAAAGUUCUGUUCUGUGAAAGUUCUGACAUCGCUGUAAUCUGUUCUGAUCAUGUGAAAUGUGAUUUUUCUAAAGAGAUUGUUUUAAAGAAUGGAAAAUCAUUGAAGAAUUUGUCAAAUCUGAAACCACAAACUGGAGAAGAAUAAAUGUUUUUGAUACAAACA